UUUUUUAAUUAUUUUUAACUAACUUUGCCUCGCUGUUUUUCAGGAUGAUCGGUGCAAUGCCAGCGGUGGCAGUUCGCCACGAGCGUAAACGGCAGGAAAAAAGAUUAAAGCGUCCUAGUCAGCUUUACCUGGGGGGCCAAUGGAUGCCACCGCCUCAAGGUUCGCCGCCCACACCCAGCCCCCAUGGCCACAACAGCCACCUCGAGCCUUUGCCCGAGCUGUAUCUCUGUGGCAAGAUAUCUGGGCUGCAUGCGGUUGUGGUAUGCCUAUUGUUGGGUGCAGUCGUGUUGGUUGUCGGUCUAGUCCAACUUGCACCGGGUGCGACGACCACCGAUCAUAGACUCGCUUUGCUCGUCGCGGGUUCUAUUCUACUUCUCCUGGGUAAGCCAUUUUUUCCUCUUCUUUCACUUCGUGAAACUGUACCAAGAAAAUGCUGAACUCGUGCCAAAACGAUUCGUUCCUCCUUCUUGACGAAUGGGAAAAGAGAAUGGGUCAAGGAAAUAUACCAUCCUCUGUUCUUGUUUAAUUUCGAAUAAAAUGCGCGGAAAAGAGGAAUAAAUCGUUAAGAGAAUAUCGUGAACGGUGCAAUUCAUUCAAUAAUUUAAGGGAUUGCAGGAUUGAUAAUGAUGUAUGUGACAUGCGUGGGUGUUAGAUUGUGUAGAAUUUAUUCAUUUUGAUCGUGUUUUAAAAGAAUUUUAAAGUGAAUUGUGAUUUGAAUAUAGUAGUAUAUGAUUCGACGAAUCUAUAAUAAAUUAUUGAAAAGAAAAAUUUUACUUCGCU